UUCUACCAUAGUAUUCAGUGUAAAUGAGACACACAGUCACGUCUCCGCCCUUGUACCGAUCUCAAACUUCGAGUCCAGACUCUUUUAGCGGAUUUCCUUGGUAAAAAUGUUUUCGGGUACAGCAGGGGAGAUUCCAACUGGAGCACGAAGGCAAAUAAGUGAAUGAAGAGCGGGAUAAGUACACCGCCCAACCGGCGGAUAUUUACUGUAUUGUGCUCAUAUUGACGCGCUUUUUUAAUGUAGAAGGCUGAUGUUAAGCGAAGUACGCACGGAGAUUUAGUGUACUUUUCAUUUGCCAAAAUGGAAAGUGCGCGGACUGUCGUUGAUAUAGGCUCGGCAGAUGUAAGUGCGAAUAAGUUUAAGAAGCCUAGUGGACUGUCUGUCGCUCAGGGGACGCCUGUGGAUGAUGGCGGUGGAAAUGUGGCAGCCUCUCGUCUAGAUAUUAGAAAUUCCCAUGCUGCGUUGGGGUCUAGUGCUUCGAAUAAAAGUAAUGGAAGCACAUCUACGAAUGGUCGGAGUUUAUCCAGUAACUCCAACUCGCUCCUGUUGAGACGGAGGAGGCUGAAGAGGAACCUCUCUGCAACCACUGCCACCUCAGCUGUCACUGCCGCCUUCGGCGCCAAGAUGAACUCGGCCAUCUCCUCUGCGUCUCUGCAUACUCGGAGUCUGGAUAGGAAGACGUUGUUGAGGCAUCGGCAAAACAUGCAACUACAGCCUUCAGAUAGAGAGUGGGUGCGAGGGGAUCUUCACAGGGGAUCCAUACACGUCCACGAUAAACUCACGUCGCCUUCAUAUCCUAGGCCGGUGGUGUGCACGAUGGAUACUACAGCCGGCGAGAUGGCGCUCCGUAUGAGCAAACUCUGCAGUAAGUCGAGCACUGUAUUGCGUAUAUUUUGUAAAGACAACUUAAAGACUGAUCAAAACGGCAACUGUAAUGUGAAGUAUACAUAUAAUGACGCCCAGUCUAAGCUAAAGGAAGAUGGAAGUAUCAAGUGCAACCAUUCGGGACCCCCAGAACUCAGUGGCGGCCUAUCGGACCAGCCAAGUGACAGGCUGAGACUACUGCUUAUGGAGAACGGCGAUGAGAGGCAACAGGAUUUAGAUGCAAAACUUUUUACUCCAGACUCAGAGUCGCAAGAUAAUAUAACUAACUCGUCGGAUCUGAAUUCUAACCUGGAUCCUCCUAACGGUUAUGAUUCAGAACAGAGGCUGAACGGACUGGACAGCUACGGGCUCAAUUCUGGUUCAGACGUGGAGAGCAGCAGUGCAUUCGAUGACCUCAGCAGCUCAGGGGUCCGGCUCAGUGAGCACCGGGACUCCCUCAGUGACGACAUGAUCCUGGGCACAGACGCAUCCAUCCUGAGCCCUACUUUUGAUCGAGCCAUGGAGGGCCACGAAACCUAUGGAAGCUCCUCAGACGAACUGGAGCUCGACUGUCCUACCACAAAUGUUGACCCCAUUCUCCCCAAUGGCAACACUGUCGCUGCCAACUACAAGUUUAGCAACGGUGGGGUGGCAAACGAUAUGGGGGCAGGUGACCAACUCAAACUUCUCAGCCUGGGCAGCCUGCCACCCAGCAGUAGCAGUCGCUCAUUGUCCCGGGCCUUUAUGAGAGUUAACACGCCCAACAUCCAAGAACCUGACAAUCGGCAAGGAGGUUUGAAAACAGGGUCGGUGGCGACCGAUCAGGAUAGGGACGCAGCAGGAGACACCAGUCCCACACUUUACGUUCAGCUCCACGGUGAAGCUGUCAGGAGGCUUGGGCAAGACGAAAGGCCUCUCCAGAUCCAGAAUGACUUUCUCUUCAAACUGGGAUUUAAGGACCCGUGGCGCGUGCAGGAGGAAGGGAUGAACACCGAGCUUGGCUCUCUGUUGCGGUUUUACGCAGGAAAGCCCCACAGCAUCGAGAGCUCGGAACGCGUGCAACUGUCGGGGACGUAUAAUGUCCGCAAAGGGAAACUCCAGCUGCCAGUCAACCGCUGGACCAGACGCCAGGUGAUCCUUUGUGGCACCUGCCUCAUUGUCUCCUCCGUUAAAGACAGCCACACGGGCAAGAUGCACAUCCUGCCCCUCAUCGGAGGAAAGGUGGAGGAGGUGAAGAAGCAUAGCCACUGCCUGGCGUUCAGCUCAGCAGGGCCCCAGAGCCAGACCUACUACGUCAGCUUUGACAGCUUCACAGAACACCUGCGCUGGCACCGACACGCAGCCAAGAUGGUGUCCCAGAGGAUCAACUCUGUGGACCUGUCCUGCUGCAGUCUGGAGCAGCUGCCUCCCAACCUCUUCUACAGCCAGGACCUCACCCAUCUCAACCUCAAACACAACUUCCUCCCCACAGACCACCGUCUACACCAGCUACAGAGGUUCUCUCGUCUGCGUAGCCUCAACCUGUCUAAUAACCAGCUGGGUCAGUUCCCCGUGGCCAUCUGUGACAUCCCCACCCUCACCGAGGUCAACCUCAGCUGUAACUAUCUGACCAACGUGGGCCAAGCUGUGGGAUCCAUGACCAACCUGCAGACGUUUCUCCUAGACGGUAACUGUCUGAGUGAGUUACCCAGUGAGCUGGGUUCACUCCAGAGACUGGGCUACCUGGGCCUGUCCUUCAACCAGUUUACCCACGUGCCCCAGGUGUUAGAGCGUCUGGCAUCCAUGGAGAGGCUGUGUAUGGCCGGCAACAGCCUGGACACGCUGGUGCUGCAGAGCUUCAGACUGCUCCGAGUCAAACACGUCGACCUACGGCUGAAUAAGAUCCGGGUGGUGGUUCCAGACGAGCCAGACCUGCUGAGGCACGUGACCCAGCUGGAUGUGCGUGACAACGGGCUGGAGGAGCUGGAUGCCUCCCUGUUCCCACGCCUGGAGGUCCUCCACUGUGAGAGGAACCACAUCGCCACCCUCAAGGUCAAGGGCUCCGUGCUCAAAGCCGUCUACGCACAGAACAACGAACUACGGGAGCUGGAGGUCAGCCCAGUGCCCUCCACACUCACCUACAUGGACAUCUCCAGGAAUCGUAUGGAGGCCGUCCCAGAGUGGCUGUGUGAGAUUAAGAAACUAGAAGUUCUGGACAUUAGCCACAACCUCGUUACUGAGCUCCCAGCACGGUUGCUGUGUAGCAGCAGUCUGAGGAAGCUGAGUGCAGGACACAACCACCUGCAGAAGCUGCCUGAGAGAGUAGAGCGCCCACUACUGGAGGUGUUGGACGUACAACACAACCAGCUGGCAGAGCUGCCCUGCAACCUCUUCCUCAAAUCUGACAGUUUACGGUGCCUGAAUGCCUCAGCCAAUAAGCUGGAGCAUCUGCCUCCCUCCAGCCUAUCAGAGGAGAGCAACAGCGUCCUACAGGAACUGUACCUCACCAACAACCGUCUGACUGAUAAGUGUGUUCCCUUGCUGACGGGACACACACACCUCAGAGUACUACACAUGGCCUACAACUACCUGCACACCUUCCCUGCCAGUAAAAUGGCCAAGCUGGAGGAGCUGGAGGAGCUGGACCUGAGUGGGAACAGGCUGAAGACGGUGCCCACCACCAUCAUGAACCUCAGACGCAUGCACACACUCAUCGCCCACUCCAACACCAUAGAGGUCUUCCCCGAGGUCAUGCAGCUUAUGGAAAUGAAGUGUGUAGAUCUGAGCUGUAAUGAGCUGAGUGAGAUCAGCCUGCCUGAGAACCUGCCUCCUAAACUCCAGGAGCUGGACCUGACAGGCAACCCUCGUCUCAACCUGGACCACAACACCCUGGAACAUCUCAAUAACAUUCGCUGUUUCCGCAUCGACCCGCCCCCGACCUUCUCAGCCAAUGAGGCGUCGGGUGGGCCGGCUGUGUGGAGUCAUGGUUACACAGAGGCCUCGGGCGUCAAGAACAAGCUGUGUGUGGCCGCACUGUCGGUGAACAGUUUCUGUGGGAGUCGUGAGGCCCUGUAUGGAGUGUUUGAUGGAGACAGGAACGUGGAAGUGCCCUACCUGCUGCAGUGUACCAUGAAUGACGUGCUGGCCGAAGAGCUACACAAGACCAAGAGUGAAGAAGAACAUAUGACCAACACUUUCCUCGUCAUGCAGAGGAAACUGGGUACGGCAGGGCAGAAGCUGGGUGGCUCGGCAGCCCUGUGCCACAUCAGACACGACCCCACCGACCCAGGCGGCUGCUUCACCCUCACCGCUGCCAACGUAGGCAAGUGCCAGGCCAUCCUGUGUCGCGACGGCAAACCACUGCCCCUCUCCCUGCUGCACAGCGUAGGCCUGGAGGAAGAGUACCGACGCAUCAGACAACACAACGCCAUCAUCACUGAGGACAACAAGGUGAAUGGAGUGACAGACUCCACCCGCAUCAUGGGCUACUCCUUCCUGUACCCUGCGGUGAUCCCACGGCCCUACGUCUCCAAGGUAACCCUCACCCCGCAGGACGAGUUCUUCAUCCUGGGCAGCCGGGGAUUGUGGGAUUCUCUGUCGCAGUCGGAGGCGGUGGAGGCUGUUCGUAACGUCCCAGACGGCCUGGCUGCAGCCAAGAAGCUGUGUACGCUGGCCCAGGGCUACGGCUGCACUGACAGUCUCUGUGCCGUGGUGGUCCAGCUUUCUGUGAGCGAGGACUGCUGCUCCUGCUGCUGCAGCGACGCUCCCCAGCCGCCCCCCAGCCCCGGCCUGGGCGGCUACCCCUCCUCGGGGGGUUCGUCGAUAAAGGAGCGGCCCUCAGGGGACGGCUCCCUCCCGGUCCCUCCGUCGUCUUGUAGCGAGAUUAGCAGUGAGAUCAGUACUAGUGAGAUGAGCAGCGAGGUGGGAUCCACAGCCUCCUCUGACGAGCCUCCCCAGAGCUCCCUGGUGCUGCUGCAUGAACAGCCCCACCACCACCAGCUCCACCUGCACCACCAGGCCAACCAGCUCUCCCUGCAGGCCCAGCACGCUGCCCAGCCCUGCCCCUACCCUCACCCAGGCUCGGAGCUCCCUGCCCGGGGCUGCUGUUCACUCCACCCUGCCUGUCUGAGCAGCUCCUUCCAGAGGCAGCUGUCCAGUGCCACCUUCUCUAGCGCGCUGUCUGACAACGGGCUGGACAGUGAGGAUGAGGAGCCCAUCGCCGGGGUCUUCUCCAACGGGAGCAGAGUGGAGGUGGAGGCCGACAUCCACUGCCUUAGGGCUGAGGCCUCUUCAUCAUCAUCAUCAUCAUCCGGAUGGGAACGCCUGCUGGCCCCUCCUCCACCUCCUCCACCCUGCACCCCGGAACCACUGGAGGAAGGGGUGGAGCUGACCUUGGGGGAGGCGGAGACCAGGGAGCAGAGAGAGGAGGGCUGGUCAGUGGGGUCUGGCAGAAAGGGUGAUGAUGGGAAGACCCUGGGCAAGAGGAGGGGGAAUGGCUCCGUGGCCCCUCAGGAGAAAAGCCACAACCUGAUCGAGGUGGCAGCAGACGCCCCUUCUAAGAAGGGCGGAGGGUACUUCACAGCCCCCGCCCAGCCCGACCCGGACGACCAGUUCAUCAUCCCUCCAGAGCUGGAAGAGGAAGUCAAGGAGAUCAUGAAGCAGCAUCAGCAGAAACAACAGAAAGCACCUAGCCCCGACCAGCCUGCAGACUACUACGACACACCCCUCUGAGCAGACACACCCCCUUACUGCAGUCUACUACAACCCUCCACUAUGUUCCUGCAGACUACUAGGACACAAACCCUUGAUAAAUCCCUACAGAGUCUGCAGACUAGCUGAGUAACCUAUGUAUCUGAAAAACAGCACCUUGUUGAGCAGUCAGACUACAAGCGCUCAACCCGUUCCUGAGACCACAUCACUGGAGUACCAUGCACUGUAACCUGCUCCACCCCUUUCCCCAAAAUGGCCUAUAGGAUAGGACAUGCAAAUGAGACCUUUAAAAUAACCGAACCCUAUAGGGUAUCCUACUUAUGAACACACCUUUUAUGGUCCAAAGUAGUUCCACUACUACUCAGACUAUACUGGAUGUUGUUUUUACAUUAGACAAUAAACCUCUGAGUACCAAUGUAAUCAACACUAGUCUCUCUGCAAUAGGGUUAGCCUACCACAACACACAGUUCAUAUGGAUAAUAUGAUUACAGUUUUUUUUGUUUUUUUUACUUACCAUAUCUUUUAAUGUGAAGAAAAGUCACUUUUUAAAAAUGAAACACGGAGACACAAUCUUAUUAUCAAUGAAAUACAUUUGAAAUGGUACACACCAAUAUUAACACGCUUAACUUUUGUAGAUAGGGCACUUAAUGAUACUGUGUUUUUUCAGUAAAUCCUGGCUCUUGGCCUGUAAAAAGGCAUAGAAAUUUUUGUAGAAAUUUGAAAGACUAACUCCUAGGAGUUGCAUACUCUUUAUGGUGACCUAGUCACUUUUACUAAUCUUCUCUGAGAGAAAUUGUGAUUUUUUUUCUUCUUUUUUUCCAAUGAUUGUAAAUAAGAGAAAUGUAUGCUGAUGCUUUUAAAGGAACUGUGUACCCAUAUGUCUGUGGAUGGAUUUAGUGGUGUGGAGGGGGUGUGGGUCAGACCAGGUUUAGCCAUUAUGAAGAGCUCACUUUCCUUUCUCUCCUAGACAUCCAUACAGAGAUAUGCACACACACACACACACACACACACACUGUUAUACAGUACAAGCACACACAGUUCAGUGGUUCUUCUCUUUCAGUUCUGUCUUAUAUCUUGGUUAUAGUCAGCAGUCCCGCUAGUGUGCUCACAACACACACACAGUAGAAUACAUACACACAGUAUUCCAUCCCACCUCCCUCCUAACUGUUAUCACCAGCAUGACUGUGUCCAGUUCAGUAAUGCAAACAAAUUCUAUAUCCACAUGGAAAGUAAACCACACAAACGUUCCUGUCUUUGGUAUAAUAAAUCUUACAUUUGUGAAUAUAA